UGAUGACGCGCCGGUGACUCGCCGGGGCCCCUGGGCACAGGCCUGUCGAGCCCAGCGCCGCGAGCUGGCCCCCGAGUGCGCGCCAGGGUCCCGCAGCGCAGCGCAGCGCGGCCGGCCAGCCCCGGGGGCGCCGCUUCCCGCUGCGGCUCGCGCGGAGGGAGCCAGGCGCCGCGGGAACCCUCUUGAAGUCUGAGAUGGGCACUUAUGGGCAGUCCAGAGUUGGGGGAAUUGAGAGUUUCACCUGACCUGAACCCUCUAAAGCACAGACAAAUGCUCUAAACACAAUGAAAAGAUGGCCUGCCUUACAAUGACAGAGAUGGAAGGAACAGCAACUUCUACUCUACACCAAAAUGGUGACAUCCAUGGGAAUGCAAAUGCUCCCAAGCAGACAGAGCCAGUGCUUCAGGUUUACCUUUAUCAUUCCCCGGAGAAGACCGAAGGAGAUUAUCUUCAGUUUCCAGCUGGCGAAUAUAUUGCAGAAGAGAUUUGUGCUACUGCUUGUAAGGCUUGCGGUAUCAUGCCUGUGUACCAUAACAUGUUUGCACUAAUGAAUGAAACAGAGAGAAUUUGGUAUCCUCCAAAUCACAUCUUCCACGUAGAAGAAUCAACCAGGCUCAACAUACUCUACCGAAUAAGGUUUUAUUUUCCUCACUGGUAUUGUAAUGGCAGUAGCAGAGCAUAUCGUUAUGGUGUUUCCCGAGGUGCAGAGAGCCCUGUUGUUGAUGACCUUGUCAUGUCUUAUCUGUUUGCUCAGUGGCGAGAUGAUUUUGUGCAUGGAUGGGUAAAGGUGCCUGUUACUCAUGAAACACAGGAAGAAUGCCUUGGAAUGGCUGUUCUUGAUAUGAUGAGAGUGGCCAAAGAAAAGGACCAAACUCCCCUGGCUAUCUACAAUUCAGUCAGUUACAAGAUGUUUUUGCCUAAAUGUGUUCGGGCAAAAAUCCAAGACUACCAUAUUUUGACACGAAAGAGAAUAAGGUACAGAUUCCGCAAAUUUAUCCAGCAGUUUGGCCAAUGCAAAGCUACUGCCAGAAACUUGAAACUUAAAUAUCUUAUAAAUCUGGAAUCCCUUCAGCCUGCCUUCUAUUCAGAGAUUUUUGAAGUAAAAGAGCCUUGCAGAGGUGAAGAGAGUUUUGCAACCAUUAUAAUAACUGGAAACGGUGGAAUUCAGUGCUCAAGAGGGAAACAUAAAGACAGUGAGACACUGACAGAACAGGAAUUACAGACAUACUGUGAUUUUCCUGAUAUAAUCGAUGUCAGCAUUAAGCAAGCAAACCAAGAAGGCUCCAGUGAGAGUAGAAUUGUCACCAUUCAUAAGCAGGACAGUAAGAAUCUGGAGGCUGAAUUUCAUUCAUUAAGAGAAGCUCUCUCUUUUGUAUCGUUAAUUGAUGGAUAUUAUAGAUUAACUGCAGACGCUCACCAUUACCUCUGUAAAGAAGUAGCACCACCAACAGUGCUUGAAAAUAUCCAGAGCAACUGCCAUGGACCAAUUUCCAUGGACUUUGCUACCAAUAAGCUGAGGAAAGCAGGCAAUCAGACUGGCUACUAUGUUCUUCGUUGCAGUCCAAAAGAUUUUAAGAAAUACUUCCUCACCUUUGCCAUAGAGCGGGAUGGUGUCGCUCAGUAUAAGCACUGCUUAAUAACAAAAAAUGAGACUGGAGAGUAUAAUCUUAGUGGAACGAAGAGAAGUUUUGGUAACCUUAAGGAUCUGUUGAAUUGCUAUCAGACAGAAACAGUCCGUUCAGACAACAUCAUUUUCCAGUUUACCAAAUGCUGCCCUCCAAAACCAAAAGAUAAGUCAAAUCUUCUAGUCUUCAGGAGCAAUGGUAUUUCUGAUGUACCUACAUCGCCCGCAUUGCAGAGACACAAUAAUGUCAACCAAAUGGUCUUUCACAAAAUCCGGAAUGAGGACUUGAUAUUUAAUGAGAGCCUUGGGCAGGGCACCUUUACUAAAAUUUUCAAAGGUGUAAGGAAAGAAGUGGGAGACUAUGGCGAGCUCCAUCAAACUGAAGUCCUCUUAAAAGUGCUGGAUAAAGUGCACAGAAAUUACUCUGAGUCUUUCUUUGAGGCAGCAAGCAUGAUGAGCCAGCUUUCUUACAAGCACUUGGUAUUAAAUUAUGGAGUUUGUGUCUGUGGAGAGGAGAAUAUCCUGGUGCAGGAGUAUGUCAGAUUCGGAUCCUUGGACACAUAUUUGAAAAAGAACAAAAAUUCUAUCAAUAUCUUGUGGAAAUUGGAAGUUGCCAAACAGUUGGCAUUGGCCAUGCAUUUUCUGGAAGAUAAAAGCCUGGUUCAUGGGAAUGUAUGUGCAAAAAAUAUCUUGCUUAUCAGAGAAGAAGAUAGGAAGUCUGGAAACCUUCCAUUUAUCAAGCUUAGUGAUCCUGGCAUCAGCAUGACAGUUUUGCCAAAAGACAUUCUUCUUGAAAGGAUACCCUGGGUCCCACCUGAAUGCAUUGAAAAUCCCAAACAGCUAAGCUUAGCAACAGACAAGUGGAGUUUUGGUACCACUUUAUGGGAAAUCUGCAGUGGGGGAGACAAGCCCCUUGGUGCACUGGAUUCUCCCAGAAAGCUACAGUUUUAUGAAGAUAGGCACCAGCUUCCUGCUCCAAACUGGACAGAACUAGCAAAUCUUAUAAACAACUGUAUGGAUUAUGAGCCAGAUUUCAGACUUUCUUUCAGAGCCAUUAUACGUGAUCUUAACAGCUUGUUCACGCCAGAUUAUGAGCUAUUGACAGAAAAUGACAUGUUGCCAAACAUGAGGAUUGGUGCUCUUGGGUUUUCUGGGGCAUUUGAAGACAGGGACCCAACGCAAUUUGAAGAGAGACACCUUAAGUUCUUACAGCAACUUGGCAAGGGUAACUUUGGCAGUGUCGAGAUGUGCCGGUAUGACCCACUACAAGACAAUACUGGAGAGGUAGUGGCUGUGAAAAAGCUACAGCACAGCACAGAAGAGCACCUACGAGAUUUUGAAAGGGAAAUUGAAAUCCUUAAAUCCCUGCAGCACGAUAACAUUGUUAAGUACAAGGGAGUGUGCUACAGUGCCGGUCGUAGAAAUCUGAGAUUAAUAAUGGAAUAUUUACCGUAUGGAAGUUUGCGAGACUAUAUCCAGAAACACAAGGAGAGGCUGGAUCACAAGAAACUUCUGCAGUAUACGUCUCAGAUAUGCAAGGGCAUGGAGUAUCUGGGCACAAAAAGAUACAUUCACCGGGAUCUAGCAACGAGAAACAUCUUAGUGGAGAAUGAGAACAGAGUUAAAAUUGGGGACUUUGGACUGACAAAAGUCCUGCCACAAGACAAAGAAUACUACAAAGUAAAAGAGCCUGGAGAAAGCCCUAUAUUUUGGUAUGCUCCAGAAUCGCUGACCGAGAGCAAGUUUUCUGUGGCCUCUGACGUGUGGAGCUUUGGAGUGGUCCUGUAUGAACUCUUCACAUAUAUUGAAAAGAGCAAAAGCCCUCCAGCGGAAUUCAUGCGCAUGAUUGGUAAUGAUAAACAAGGGCAGAUGAUUGUAUUCCAUUUGAUAGAGCUUUUAAAGAACAAUGGACGGCUGCCAAGACCAGAUGGAUGUCCUGAUGAGGCUAAUGGUAAGCCCAAAGUCUUGGCAGGCUUUGGAAAAACUGUCCAUAAGGUUUUGGAGAUGAGCUUCUGUGUGGGUUGUCACUGCUGCAUCAUCAGCAAAGAGGUGGUGUUGGAUAAGGGCCUCCUGAGCCUUGGUUUUAGAUCUGAGUCUUGGAAGAUUGAACAGCUUGCUGUCAGCUCUUGUGUGCAAGUAGAUUCCCUCAAUUGUGGAGAAGAAUCCACAAGCAUCAUAUUUGUGUUUGUCCUCCAAAUCCAUUCCAUUCCAAACUCAUUUAGUUACUCAACAUUCCCUAACUGCACUAAGCAACAUGUCAGGUGCUUUAGGAGACACAGAACAUACUGGUACAACUGUGAUUGUAAAGUGUGAUGAGUAUAAAUGUGUCAAAAUGGCUCUAUCAAACAAUGUUACUAUGUAGAAGUGCUACCCUAGAGGUUUGCAAGCUGCCUAUAAUGUGGACCAUCUCUUCAAUUCUUAUUGACUACCUCCUCCUAUUCUUGACUGCAUGAAUCACUAUCCCCUAUUUGCAGACACUACCAGUUGCUUACAUAGGGGGUAAUGUUAGGAAAGUAUUUAUAUAUUUUCAGCUAAUGCUUUGGCUCUUUGUUUUAUCUCUCCCUCCAAUCUGCUCUGUUUCUCUCAACUGGAAAGAAGGAACACUAGCAGCUUAGUUACACACCAACUCUGUGCAGGCCACAAUUUGGGAACUUCUGUGGGUGGCUAGAAGGACAAAGCAAGACAACCACUUGUUUCAUGCAAUCUAUCAAAGAAAAGCUUUCCUCAUGUACGUGUAAGCGCAGCCAGUGUGGGGAUAUCACAAGCACCACCAACCUGGACUGUAAAAGCCAUUCCAUGUGAAAUCCCUGUUUUCCCUUCCUUUUAUUGUAGGCAAAAUCCUUUUGUAUUAGUUUCUCUAACUACUCUUGGGGCCCCAAAUAACCUUUUUUCUUUACAAUUGCAGCAAAAUCAAUUCAGACAUUGAACUAGGAGCAUGGCAGAAAAGUGUCCAUUGGGGGGAAAAAAUAGUCAAGAUGCUGCUUUGCUUCAAAUGAACAAUUUAUUUUUAAACUUCAUCAUGUCUUGAAGUUAGUCCUCUGACGACAAGUCAUUUCAACAAAAUGUAUUAAUUUUUAUUUCAACUUGUGAGUAUACCCAACCAGAACUGAGUGAUAUGCAAAAAAUGACAUGUACUGGCUAAGAUUGUCACUUCUGCUUCAGCCUUUUUCCCUAGGGUAAACGGGGUAGAGUGGUAUUAUGGAGCCCUAAAAGCCCAGUAUCCCCUCAGAGGAUUUCCCCAGCACAGGGACUGCAUAAGACAGACAUAAGUACCCCUUCCAAAGCCCUAGUGUAGGAGGCAUGUCUGGGUUCUUCUAGGCAGUGCUGCAGCGAAGGGAGGCUGCCAUAACUUAAACAAGCCUCUACAGCUAAGUAAUAUCAGAGCUGCUCCAGCCCCUGGAGCAUCCCCAGAAGCAGCAGAGUACAAAACCAGCAUAGUCACCUCAGCCUGCCCCCCCCCCACACACACACACACACUUCUCUAGGCUGAGGGUUCUGUACUAUACCUCUUAGAGGUGCAAAAUAGAACCGUAGCCCCCGUACUUAGCACACUACUUGGGGAAGCACUAUACCUAUAGUUUCUGGUUGACUAUUAUGUCCUUCCAAGCAAUUGAUAAUGGGCUGUUUUAGGACUAUUCUUCCUCAGAGGUUUUGGGAACCAUGUAGAGUUUGUUAGCUUUUAAGAGUUGAUCAAGACAAAAGGUCCUAUGGCUGCCAUGAAAUUGAAUGAAUCAUAGAAUAUCAGGGUUGGAAGGGACCUCAGGAAGUCUAGUCCAACCCCCUGUUCAAAGCAGGACCUAUCCCCAACUAAAUCAUCCCAGACAGGGCUUUGCUGCGAACUAAAUGACUCAAAGUCUAUAUGAACACUGAAGGAUUAAUGCUGUGAGUCCAUAAGCCCCUGCAUUCAUGAUGCAGUCUGUUUAUCGAGAUCAGUUCCAUCUCGAUCCCAUUCAGAGACACCAAUACUAGAUAUGGGGUGGGCAAACUGCAGUCCGCAGGCCGAAUCCAGCCCCUCAGGACACUGCUCUUGUCAUACUUGCAAGCACACAUUUGCAGAGCUGCUCUUUCACCCCAGUUUAUUAGAAAUUUCAGUGUUUUGUUUAAGCACUUGUUUUACUGAUGCUGGGUAUAGUUCAGAGUAUGUAGAUGUCUUCAACAGAUUUUUACAGUAACAGGCUUAAUGGCCAGUGUAAAUAAAAUAUCCUUUAAGUUGAAUUACUCCAAAGGAAAUCUUUUCAAGCUACAAUUUUAUUCAAUCAGUAUUUAAGAUUAAUCCCUUUUAUGUGACAAUUUUAUUUAAAAAUAUCUUUCAGAAUAAGUUAACCCAAUAAAUAGAUCAAGUCUAGCCUCCUCCAUCCAUUUAAAUACCUGUAUAUAAUCUAGUGUAUACAGUGAUGGGGACCUUAGUAGUGUUGCAGAACAUCUUUUUAACUUUGUGCUGUGAAUAUUAUUGAUCUUUCUAUUUUGUAUUAUAUAUUUUGUUUUGGCAAAAUUUCUUUAUCAAAAUAAAUCCUUGAUCUUGUAAGUGCUUGUCUACACAAAUAUUUAGUUUGCGGCAAGCUACAAUGUGAAGCUUCCCCAUACUAGCCUGCUACAAACUAAGUGUUUAUGUGGACCCUGCUGACUCUUUUAAAUGAAUAUCAGCAGGGUCCACAUGGACAGUUAGUCCAUGGCAGAUUCACACCCCAGCUUGCUGCGAACUAAAUGUUCAUGAAGACCAGCUCUAAGUAACCAAAUAAUAUAGCAUUCAAAUUUGAGGAAGAUAUCAUACAUAGAAUGGAAAAGAUUAAAUAACUAUACAGGGACCAGAGAGUUCCCCAAAAGGACUUAAGCACCUAGCUCCAAAAUUUAGGCACCACUGAGAUCCUCACAAUGCCUGCUCAGCUGUCACCAAUUCUGGAAGUUACUGUAAAAGUUCCCAUGGUUUCUGCCUCUGGAUAGGUGCCCAUCUCAAUCUCAUGCUUAAAUCCCAGUGGCGUCCUUUGACUAGCUCACCUGCAGGGCCCAAUCAGGUAAGUGUUCUCAAAGCACACCUAGCUAUACAUACACAGUGGGAAGAUCAGGGGCAAGUGAUGUAGACAUCCCUGAUGCUUUAGUCCAGGGGUGAGGGCACUCAUCACAUCUCAGAUGAGUACCCUCACCAAUGGACUAUUGAGCUGUUCUUGUGAGAAACAGAUUAGGUGCCUGAUAUCAGAACAGGGUUUCUCGUUGUGGAUCUUAAGUGCAUUCCUCUAGCUCAAGCUUGGGCAUCUAACACCCUACUCUUCAGCUCCCUACCACCAUGCUGCUUUUUGUGGAUCCCAUUCCCAGGUAUGUAACUCUUUCCAUGCACUGUAUACAGAGCCUAGAUGUCUAACUCAGGGUCUGAGGAUUCUACUCAUGAGCUGUUAAGUGCCUAAAAAGUUACGCUUGGCAAUACUCAGCCUUGCAACACACAAGUCCCUUUCUGGAUUUACACCCAAGUUCUCUCUCCACAAAACACAGUAACCCCUGUUGAAGUCCAUCAGAGUUAAUUGUAUCCUGCUGAAUAAGAAUAAGGCCAAAUAUGACUUGUGCUAGAAUGUGCUACUGAAAGAAGGGGUCACUUCCCAUUUCUCAGCUCCACAAAGUAGUCUUCAAGUCUUGAAGACUGAUACUACGAGUCUAGUCAUACUAGUAUUCAGGAGUUUUAACAAACAAAUACAGUACAGGUUGACUAAACCAGAAGUCUUAGGAAGUGCUUUGCAGUCAUUUGCUAUUUUUGACUUCUGAAUACACAAUAGGAAUCAUUUUAACAUGUCUUGAACAACAGUGCAAGUGUUUAAUCUUUAAGCAAAUAAAUACACCUUUUAUAACGGGGGUUCUCAACACAUUUUUUGGUGGCCUCAGAGUGUGGCCACCAACUAUUGUUGAUGGCUGCUCUGACCAUUUUUCCUAAAAUACUUAAAUAUGCACAUAUAUUUUUUCCUAAAGUUAAUUAUGUCCAAGUCCUUGUAAUAGACUUAUGAAAGGUUUGUUUGUUUGUUUUGUUUUUUGCAGGCUCAAUAAUAAAAAUAAUGUACAGUU